UGAAAGAAGAGUGCUAAUGUGCUAUCUUCAUUUACUUUCUCCCCCGACUCUCUCUCACUUUCGCGCUCACUCACCCCCUCCCUCCCUCGCUCUCCGUGACGGGUGGCUCUAGGGUUUUUAUCGACCACCACCACCGCGAACUCACAUGGCGGGAACAGGUAUCCACCCAUACCAUCAGCAAUGGCCGCCAGCACAAGCUCCACCAACCCCCACCGCCCCAGGCGCUCCUCCUCCUUCCAUCCACCACGCUCCACCUCACGUCCUCUUCGACAACUCCAAUCGCGGCCCUCCCACUCACGAAGAGGUUCGAACAAUAUUCAUCACCGGAUUCCCUGACGAUGUGAAGGAGAGAGAAUUGCAGAAUUUGUUAAGAUGGUUACCUGGUUAUGAGGCUUCGCAAGUUAAUUAUAAAGGAGAUAAAGCUAUGGGUUUCGCUCUCUUUUCUUCUUCCCAGCACGCCAUUGCUGCUAAAGAUUCUCUCCAGGAUAUGGUUUUUGAUGUGGAGACGAAGUCAGUGUUGCAUACUGAGAUGGCUAAGAAGAAUCUCUUUGUUAAAAGAGGAAUAGUUGCAGAUUCUAAUGCUUAUGAUCAAAGCAAACGUUUGCGAACUGGUGGUGAUUAUUCUCACGCUGCUUAUACCACUCCAUCUCCAUUUCACCCUCCUCCUCCUGUUUGGGGACCACAUGGGUACAUGGCUCCAGUUCCGCCUCCAUAUGAUCCGUAUGGAGGUUACCCUGCUCCUCAAGUACCAAUGCCUCCUGCUCCUAUCCCAGCUCCUAGCAGCUAUGUGCCAAUACAGAAUACAAAAGAUAACCCUCCUUGCAAUACCCUAUUUAUUGGCAAUCUUGGUCAGAACAUCAAUGAGGAUGAACUGAGGGGUCUAUUCAGCGUGCAACCUGGUUUUAAGCAAAUGAAGAUUUUGAGACAAGAAAGGCAUACUGUUUGUUUUAUUGAGUUUGAAGAUUUGAACAGUGCAACCAAUGUGCACCAUAGUUUACAGGGUGCUGUUAUUCCAAGUUCUGGAUCUAUUGGCAUGCGAAUACAAUAUUCAAAGAAUCCGUUUGGGAGAAGGAAGGAUGGGAUCCACCAUGUUGCUUCUCAUAGUGCCAAUGGAGCUUCACCACCAAUUACCUAUCAGUAGCUUGAAGGGGAUGUACUCUGAUCCUUUUGCUCUGAGAACUACAUGAUAGGAUGCAUCUUGCAGCUGUUGCAUGCAUCCAUUUCAUCACCAAUCUCAGCAUUAGCAUCCCUUCUCAUGUGAAUGAAUGCACCUACAGCUAUCAUGAACACACCAUUUGCUCAUGUUAUGCUAUUUUGUCCAGGACAUGCAUUUGUCAGCAGCAUGCGUUGUUGCGUGGAUAACUUAAUAGGAUUUCAGAAAUGUUUACCAUUUGUAGCAAGUGUUGCAUGGCUGCUGUUUUCUGAAUUUGCAUGUUUUUUCCUUAUUCUAUUCAUAUCUACAUUUAUAUUAGGUACGCUUAUCUCUGUAGUCAUCUUAUUCACGAGUUCCCAACACUAGGUUCAGUUACAUCACAUUAUUUGACAUGACAUCCAGAGGAAGACCAGGGUACAUUUCAUGGCACCAGUUUAACAGGACCAUUCACACCAUGAAUCAUGUAUUAUUUCACAUGGCAUCCAAAGGAAAUUAAGAGUUACAUUUUCUUUCACCAGUUUAACAAGCAAACAAUCAUGUAUUCUUAACCAUUUUCAUUACACGAGUUUAACAAGGCAGUGCACACAAUCAUGUUUUCUUAACCAUUACCAUUAACAUUUUGACAACCACCCCUGUACUGUGUUCGUAAGGUGAAUCUCCCUCCCAGCAGUUUGAGCAAGACAUUGUCAUGAUGAUUUAGCAUCUAGGUUAUCCAAAGCACAACAAUGUGAAGAAUGUGGGGGGAUAUAUGCCCUUGUGAUUUAUAUGCAGGAUUGCACAAACUACAAAAUGGCAAGCUUCCUUUCGUUUGAGGAUGUCAAGUGCCUGCAGCUGCUUUUAACACGAGGUAAUUUUUGGAAGAGGUUCUUUUGGGUUAUUUCAAGUGGAGUGAACUUGAGAGAAGUAGGGGAGGAGUUCAAGAACACAAUGACGAGUGACUCCUGGCAUCCCAUAAUUAUUAUGCCGGUGCCUGUGUUGAGCUUUUGGGUCUUCGUUGAUGUUUUUUUACUUCUUUUAGGUGAUUAGACAGAUUGGUAGAGGGGAAAUGUUGGUCUGAGAAGAACAGAGCUAUACCAAAAUACACUAGUUAUAUUUAUUGGUGUUCUAGUACUUGGGAGUUUCAAUGGCUGCCCUGGUUUCUCAA